GGAAGCAUUAUGGGGUGUACAGCUGCGAGGGCUGCAAGGGCUUCUUCAAGCGCACGAUCCGCAAGGACCUGAGCUACUCGUGCCGCGACAACCGCGCCUGCGUGGUGGACAAGCGCCAACGCAACCGCUGCCAGUUCUGCCGUUACCAAAAGUGCCUGGCGAGCGGCAUGAAGAGGGAGGCCGUGCAGGAGGAGCGCCAGCGGGGCAAGGACAAGGAGAAGGACGGCGACCCCGAUGCUGUGGGGCCGGGCCCCGCGCAGGAGAUGCCGGUGGAGAAGCUGCUGGAGGCCGAGCUCGCCGUGGAGCACAAAGCGGAGCAGGGCAGCGACGGCGCCGGCACCGCGGUCAGUGGACACCCCCCUGAACCCCCCUUUAACCCCCCUCAACCCCCCCUUUAA